AUGUUACAUUUUAUCGCAGUUAUUACAGCUUUGACAGGUGUAUUGUAUUGGUUAACUACAAAACAGAACCCAGAUGAAGCACUAAAUAUUACAGUUAAUUCAACAUAUGACUAUAUUGUUGUUGGGUCUGGGUCAGCUGGAGCUGUCAUAGCUAACAUACUUUCAGAAGACCAUAAUGUAUCAGUAUUGGUACUUGAAACCGGUGGAUCUGAAUUAAACAAUGACAAUAUACGUGUUCCUUUACAAGUUGGUAGUUUACAAAUGUCUAAUGAAGACUGGGCGUAUUUUACAGUACCACAAAAAUACAGUCAUCGCACGAUGAUUGAUCAGAAAUCAUUUUGGCCGCGUGGGCGUGUUCUUGGAGGAUCAAGUUCUAUAAACUACUUAACAUAUGCUCGAGGUAGCAGACAUGAUUUUGAUCAAUGGUCAACAGAAGGUUGUACGGGGUGGAGUUAUACAGAUGUUCUUCCCUACUUCCUAAAAAUGGAAGAUAUACAAAUACCCGAUCUCUAUAACUCUCGUUAUGCAUAUAUGCAGACCAAUACCAAAGAUGGAGAAAGGUAUAGUACGGCAAAGGCUUACCUCAGACCUGUUCUAAAAAGGACAAAUCUACAUAUAGGUGUUCACAGUUAUGGCACCAAGGUGUUAAUUGAACAAAAGAAGGCAAUCGGUGUGGAAUUUAUCAAUAAUAAUAGAAAGACGCAGGUUUUUGCUAGAAAAGAAGUCAUUGUUUCUGCUGGGGCAGUUAAUAGUCCGACCUUAUUGAUGUUAUCAGGAAUUGGACCAAGGAAACAUCUACAAGAUAUAGGGAUACCAUUGAAAGCUGAUUUACCCGUAGGUGAAAACUUAGAAGACCACAUCAUGUUUUUCAUGAAGUACAAAAUCAACCAAUCAUAUACAAUAAAAGAUCAGCUGAAACAAACAGGAAGUAAGAAAGAGUUUACCAUACUGAACAUUUUGUCUCAUCCUAGGAGUAAAGGAUCCAUACGUUUAAAAAGUGCAGACCCUUUUGAUCAUCCUAUUAUAAAUCCAAACUACCUUCAACAUCCAGAUGAUGUCAAAAUUUUAAUAAGCGCUAUUAGAAAAUCACAACAAAUUGUUUCUACCAAAGCAUUGAAAGAGAUUGAUGCAACGUUGAAUGCAUUCGAUAUUGACGGGAUAUGCGACAAAGAUACAUUUGACAGUGAUUCAUAUUGGGAAUGUAUGUUACGUCAUUUAGCAGUAACUGUUAACCAUCCAGUGUCCACGUGUAGAAUGGGUGGAUUCAACGACACGACAGCUGUUGUCGACCCACAAUUAAGAGUGAGAGGCAUAAAAGGACUACGAGUCGCUGAUUGUUCCGUUGUAAGACGUCAAGUAUCUGGUAAUACAAAUGCUCCUUGUAUAAUGAUAGGAGAAAAAGCUGCAGAUCUCAUUAGAGGAAAAGACACUGUCGGAGAAUUUAGACAACAAAUAAAAUCUUUAAAACUGUCCAAGACAGAGUUAAAUUUUACACUAGUGUUUUUUGAACUUGUUAUUGUCAUUAUUUUGGAGGUAGAGUUACAAGGAUCUGCGUGA